CUCGUGUUCCCUCUGCUGGUCCCAUUUCCCGGUUCACCUCUCGCCCUAGCGAUGGCGAAGUGCUAUGAUUAUCUGUUUAAGUUGCUUCUAAUUGGAGACUCUGGAGUCGGGAAGACUUGUUUACUUUUCCGAUUUUCCGAUGACGAGUUCAAUUUGACUUUUAUUGCAACUAUAGGAAUUGAUUUCAAAAUUAGGACUAUUGAAAUUGACGGCAAAAAGAUUAAAUUGCAGAUAUGGGACACUGCUGGUCAGGAACGAUUUCGUACUAUUACCACAGCUUAUUAUCGUGGAGCAAUGGGUAUCAUGCUUGUUUACGACGUCACGAAUGCCAAGUCUUUCCAAAAUAUUCGACUGUGGAUGCGCAACAUUGAUCAGCAUGCAAAUCAGGAUGUGGAGAAGAUGCUACUUGGGAACAAGUGCGAUGCAGUGGACCAACGACAGGUUACAACUGAGGAAGCAAAGGAGUUCGCCGAUUCUUUCUCGAUCCGUUUCCUUGAGACAAGCGCCAAGUCUGGAGCCCGAGUGGAAGAAGCGUUCCGGUCGCUGGCCAAAGAUAUUAAAACAAAAAUGGAAAAGAAAAUGGGAACUGCCGGUCCACCGAAACAGGACUUGAAAAACAUAAACAGCGGUCGGCACAAACGUUCCCUAUGGAAGUGCGCCCUUUUAUGACUGCCCGCUUUUUUUACUAUGCUCAUCCGCGCAUCUCUGCAUGCUUACACUGUGACCCAAAACGAAGUUUGCAUCGUGACGGUGAGAAGUACUGCACGAAUUUGGCAUCUCACCUACGCGCGUGUUUGUGCCUUCGAACCAGUUUAUUUGCUCUCCAUUUCGGCAACUUACGUCCAACUGUUUGCGUACAUGGAAUCAAAGCUGAUUAUCUUAUCUUCUAGUAUCACAUUACGGUGUACUGUAUCCGUCUCCUGUGAAAUGUUUAUGAUUUUCACGCGUUAUGCACCAUGAAUGUAUGCGGGUCAAACAUCAGAGAUAGUCUAGCCUCUUUUGCUGGGCAGUUUCUCAUCCACUCGUGCUUGUCGAAAACGCGAUUCUUCGUGUAUCACACAUGGUCACCUACGAAGCCACACGGUUGUUCAUUUUGACUUCAUCCCCUCUGUUUUAUCAUUUCUAUCAGUGUGCUUCAGUUAUCCAUUAGUAAGCUGAUGAGCCUAUCCCUUGUACAUAACCAAAACAUCCGCUAAAGUUGUGAUGUCAUUAUUGCACGAUUAACACUUUUUCAGCUUAUUGCGCUUUCUAGUUUCUCCAAUUUUCUUCGUUAUUUUCAACUCCACUGCCUUCCCACAAUUGUACCACAGACCUUUUCUCUCAUGAGUAUGCUAUUUCGAUUUAUAAUUUUCUCGCUUAUGCAACAAGUCCUUUUCCUCUCUUCUCUCGAUUUGGGGCUACGUGAGUCAUUUCUAGACACAUCUAGAGGCAAAUUUACUUCCUAAUUUGAGCGAGUUUCUGUUAUUUUCUUUCGGACACACUCUUUAGCCUCAGUCUUCCAUCCUGCUGCCAUCUCUUCUGUAAUCAAUUCCUUCCAUCUGCUACAUCGUCGCCCUAUUCAUCCGAGGCUGUAAGCUUCCGGUCAGUGAUUGUUUCAGCGCAUUUAGCUUGUUACUCGUGUUUUCCUCUGUCUCUCGCCUAGUUCUCCAAUAAUGGUUCCCUUCUCUGAAACAUCGCGCACGUGCUUUCUUUAUUAGCAACAUCGCUUCGUCUUCACCAGUCUGUUCCCGGACUUGAUUUCGACGUCAUUUUCGUCCUUAUCAUCUGUAACAUUUACUAAGCUCUUCGACCUUGAUGGUUUGCAAGAACGUACCACUUGCAUCUAUCUGAUUGAUCUACUCUAAUAUUUUAUCAGCGACUCAAGUGUUGAACUGUCUCCGACCAGAUUUUGGUUCGCUCCUGUUUUAUUUCUUUACUCGUUUGUGUUCGGCACAUUGUUACCACAAACUCAUUUUUUAGGGCUGAUUGCUCCAGAAGAAGCUGCUAUUUAUGUUCCCUUCCGCAUCGGCUCGUUUGAAUUAUUUUAGUCGAUUCGAUUCAAUUCGGAUCGCUUGUCAAAGUGUACUGGACCCAACUUCCUUGGCUUAGGUCUACAUUUGCAUUAACCAUAUGAUUAUAAUUGUUAUUCAAGUGGGAUAGUCAAAAGGCAGC